GCGUGUGUGGAACGUUUUCUAAAACCGCCGUUUGUUAACUUUAUCUUCCAUCGUCGCCGGUGCUAGGGGAGAAGAGCGAGAAAGUGAAAGGGACAGGGAAUGCGCACUGGGCAAUAACAACAAGAGGGCAAAGGGUUUUAGGGAGCCGUGCCGAGCGCGUGGUCGCUGGAGAAUGUGCUGUUUGUCUACCCAUUUCGGGUGCACGGGUUUUUUCUAGAAAAGCCGGCGUUUUAAUGUGAACUUUUACUGAGAAGAACUGGAAGUUCGCCAACGCUCCAGUGAGGCAACGGGGGAGGGACAAGAAUUGUUUUAAAAACCACCUCCGUUAGCUGAUUAGACGCGCAAAACAUUUGUGCGCGUGGUGAACGUGUGCGUGGUGCCGUGGAACCACUGCCUCGUGAAACAAAAUAACAGCAGUGCGUGCGUGUACAGUGUGAUCCAAGUGUGCAAUCGAGAACGUGCUCGAAUUCGCUGCCCCGCGGUAACCUGUGAAGUGCGCAGGACGUCGUGUGUCCGUGCGGCGGGUCGCGGCGGCGUGAAAAAGGGCGACGCACGGAAUAAUGGCGUCAUCUCACGCACACACGUCACGAUCCCAUCGCCAACAGCAACAGCAACAACAGCCGCGACGCAGCAGCGUUGACGUUCGUGAAGCACGUAGCCCGGACUGCACACAGGUUUAGGUCGUUCUAUUUUUGCCUUCCGGUCGCUUUCGUGACCCUUUCAAGCACAGAGCGUCAACAUCACGAAGCUUUUCGGGUAGUCGCGGGGAGCUUCUUCCAAGGUGCACUUGGAUUGUGGUGAAAAAAGGCAAUUAUAUUUUACAAACCUCCCUGGACGCACGAACUCAGGUGACACGGUGCUGUUUCCGGGUUUUCUUUCGGGAUGCAAAAAUUGCACGUAAUGUCACGGCGAACGAAAAGCCAAACGUCACCUGCGUGAACCAAGAACUAGAAAAACAACCCCACAAAUCUGUUCCUGUGCUGCAAUUCAAGCGUAACCCGUGCAUCGGACACCGGAGAUCCGUUGGUGUUGGUGGUGCAUCAUCCGGGUGCUGUGUGAAAACAACGGCGAUAUUGAAAAACAAAAAAUAAAAGAAACACAUAAAAAGAACAACAAAAAAAGCGCGUCACCAGAAUGCGUCGUGGUCAACCAAUACCGUCAAGUGCGAGUGACGGUGCGAUCGUUUCCACCAACGCCGUCACCGCCUCCGUUGUCACCGGCACAUCCGCCGGUAAUGGCGAACCAGAAGCAACGAUCCCGAUGAUGCCAAGCCCCACCGGCGAGGGGGAGUGCGGGGUCGGUGACGCCUGCGGCGGGGGCAGCAGCGAGAGCAGCAACUCUCCGGGAGCCUCCUCCUCGUCCAACUCGUCCAUCGCCUCCUCCUCCUCGUCAUCGUCGUCGUCGUCGUCGUUGGCCGGUGGAGCCUCGUCUCCCAUCGCCGCACAGGUUGUCUACAUGCCCGUCGGGUUGGCCAACAUCAAGGAAGAGCUUCCGGAACCGGAAAUACAGGCUGACUCAGAACUAUCGCUUGACGAAGGGCACGCCCUGGCGCAGGUGCUCGAGGACAUUCCGAACGACGAGGCGCCCCCACCGGAACCGGAGGUGCAGAUACGGGCCGGUAAGGUGGACGAUUCGUUCCGAAAAAUCACCUCCGACGGCGGUUACGGUGCGAAAUCGAUGAUGCACGUGCAGCUGGGCAAGGUGACCUACCAGCUGACCGAUCAGCUGCUCAAGUCCGGUGCACUGGCCAUCCACAACCCGCACCUGCUCUCGAAGGACCAGCUCGAGAAGAUGAUCACCGAGAAGGACCCGGAGCUGGAGUACCGGAAGCACCACAACAACAACAGCACCUGGCAGCGCUACAUGCCGAUGUUCUACAAGGGCAUCAAGCAGAACUACGUGCGCUGUCUGGAGUGUGGCUGGCUGGUGCUGCACAAGGCGAGCACCGGCACGGGAAGUCUGCUGCGGCAUCGGUGCAAAAUCAAGCUCCCGUCCGGUGUGGAGGUUAAGCUCGAGCCGAAAGUGUCCUCCAACUGGAACGGGGGCGCAGGGCAGGGCAAAACGACGGCUAAAUCGGCCGCUGCCAUUGCGGGAGUCCAAGCGACCGUGCCAUCGCAGGCCCACAAGUAUCCCCAGGCGGCGUCGAUUCUGCCGCAGAACGUGAAAGACGAUCUGAUCCGACAGCAGGCGUGCGUACUCUACAAGGACAUCGUCAGUGCGGACUUAUUCGAGCUGCCCAGCUUCCGCACCCUAGCCCAGAUGCUUGUAAACAUCGGCGUGUACUACGGGCAGCAGGAAAAUCUACUUGCCUCGCGGGAGGUCCUGCUCGACACGAUCCUUCCGGCGAUGUACCACGAGGCGAAGGGCCAGCUGAACAAAGUGCUGGCGGACUGCGAUCUCACGUUCAGCUUCAGCCUGUUCCGGAAUGCUCUCGAGCGGCGCAGCUAUGUCGCGAUCAACGCGUACACCGUCGCCUCGGAUUACUACUUCCGCCAGAUCAAUGUGAAGACACUGGAGGUGACCGGCCAGGAGGGUUCGUAUGUGGAGCACUUGCAGCGCAUCAUCGAAGACAGCCUGGCUCGGACAUUUACGGAUCCCAUCAAGGUCGUGUUUGGUGGCAUGCCACUCGAUAGCAGUGAUGAGGCGUUGAGAGAAUCCGCCGAGCGAACGCUACUGUGUCAUAGCAACCAGUACGAAACGAUCCCCUGUGUUGUGACGAUGCUAUGGAACAUCAUGAAGAUGGCUCUGGGGGCGUACGGUUGUGACAGCACACGGUACUUCGAGCGGGUGUUCUAUCAGACGCCGGACGACGACGAAACGCCGUUGUCACCCGAAGUGGCUGCACUCUAUCGCUACCUGGAUGCGUUCCGCGAGCCAAUACGCAGCCUCAUCUCGGACACCAGUGUCACAAUCAGCGAGGUGAUCCUGUGGCGCAAAAAGCUCGAGUUAACGCUCCGACCGGACGACGCCGACACCGAGGCCGAGGUGCGCACGGUAAAGUCAUACUUGCUGAGCGAGCUGCGGGAUCACUUUCUGCUACACAAUUACCACCGGAUAGCGGUGUUUCUCGACCCCAAAUUUAAGGGGCUACGCUUCCUGUCCGACGAGGAACGGGAAGAAACGAUUGCCGCUGUCAAGGCACACCUGCACAACGAUCCCGAAGGCAUUGAGCUGGUGAAGAGCCAAUACAUCGCUGGGGAUGGUGGUGGAGGUGGUCUUGGUCCCAAUGGAAUGAAGAAACGAACGAACGGUUCGCUAGCGCCAACGGAGCUCAAGUUCUACGAGUUUAUGGACUCGUCGCUCAAACUCGAGUGCGACGACGUGGUGGACGACGAAAUCAAACAGUAUAUUGACGUGAAGCUGGAGAGUGCGGUCGACAUCAUGUCGUACUGGCGCACGGAGACGGCCUUUCCGCUACUGAAGCGCCUCUGCCGGCGCAUACUAAACAUUCCUGCGGCCUGUGAUGAAAUGAAGCUGCUGUUCGGUCAAACCGGACAGCGCGACGUGCAGAAGCGACGGCUCAUGUUGAGCGAGCGGGAGAUGGAUAUGGUGAUGUAUCUGCACCAGAACAGUCCGUGAAAUGGAAACGAACCUGCAGGGUGAAGAAUGGAAAUAAAACUUUAUAUUUAUUA